AUGUCUGAUCCUUUGGUUCAACAAGUUAAUGAUGAUGAGGUUUGUGGCGUUCAUGCCAAGGUUAUUGAUUUUGAAGAAGAGCCUUUGACUCUCGAGGAAGAAAAGGAAGAGAAACUUAUGCCCGAAUCAAACGCCGAAGCAGAUGAUAUUGAAAACUAUACGCUCUCUGGGACAAAACCCUAUUUUGAUUUAAUUCUCAGAAGCACAAACGUUGGCCAUUAUUCCAUAGUGUACAUCCCGGCCAAGAUUAAAUCAGAACUGCCAUCUUCGACGGCCCCGGUUGUCCUUACCUCUCAUGGCAAGCGCUGGAAUACGACGACUCAUAAAACUUUUAAUGGCCAAAAAAAAUUUGGAUGGAGGCAGUUUGUGGUUGAUAAUGAAUUGAAAGUCGGAGAUUGUUGUUUUUUCGAGCUCAUGGAAGCUAGCAACACGAGGGUUGUGUUCAAAGUUAUUAUUAUCAGAGGAUUUCCGGCCUCUCAAUCAGGCGAAACUAGUAAAGAAGCCUAUGGCGAUGGCGACACUGAGGAGAAGCCAAUUAUCAUCAAGUAG